AUGAGCGACCACGACGAACCGGCCUCGCUGACGAGGACCUGUGCGCAGCAUGGGGCUCAUCGCUCUUCCGACGCGAACGAUGUGUCUACUGUGGGCCACGGUGACGUCACGAAGCCGCCCGCGCCGAAAAGGUUCAUUCAGGUCCCACUCACGUCGCUUCACUCUUUGCCGGACCCGCGUGGUGGUCUCCAUACUAGCCGCUACACGUCACCACCACGGCAGCUGGUAUGCCCCCUUCCACUGAUGCAGUCAAGCUCCAGCGACGUUUCGAGGCGUACAGGUUCUUCCAAUGACAUGUGCGAGACGAAUUCACUGGUCAGCUUCAACCUGCGCUUUGCCGAGAUGUCCAGUGUGGGUAUUUCUGCCAGCACAUCCACUGUACCAGCUGGUUUCAGUGACAGCAGCACGCCACUCCACUGGCUUCGCGUCGCAGAGGAUCACAUUAUACCACAUUCGAGUAGCACCAAGGCAUCUUCUGUGGCUGUGCGGCGAAAUGCUGAGUAUGUCUUCGAGAGGUGGGUGGAGCAGAAGGUGAGUCACACCGCCGCAAUGGAUGACGCCAUGUUGAGUGUGGCGGCGGCUUUUGAUGAGCUCUAUGCCUAA